AUGGUUUGGAUUGCUAAACAGAAUUGUGUGAAUCCAAAAGAUAGUUUAACUAUUGAUGAGUCUGCAUCUAUUAUGCUUUAUACAAUGGAGUGGCAACCGUUCGAGAAAUCUUUCUAUGUUGCACUCAAUAACACUCUACGAGCAAGCGUUCGCGAACAGCUAAAACCAUGGUUUUCAUAUCUUCGACUCAUCAUCAAUGCUCUACAGAAACUUCCAUCAACUCAUCACGUUGUCUAUCGUGGUGUCAAAUCAGACUUAACUGCUGAAUAUUCUCGAGGAAGUACCAUUGUUUGGUGGGGUUUCUCUUCAUGUACUGUAUCCAUUGAAGCACUUAAGCAUGAGCAUUUCUUGGGAAAGGAAGGAAUAAGAACUUUGUUCAGCAUUGAAUGUGAUUCAGGUAAAAAUAUUCGAUCACAUUCAUUUUAUGCCGAAGAAGAUGAAGUUUUGCUCCUUCCAGCUCGUCAAUUUGAAGUUAUUGGUUGUCUUGAUCAAGGAAAUGGUCUCCAAAUCAUUCAAUUGAGAGAAACACAACCAAAAUUUCCGCUUAUCAAAUUGAAUUCAUCAUAA